AUGAUUUUAAAACAUAGUUUUUUAUAUCCUUUACAAAAUAUCGUAUUAAAAAAUAAAAGUAUUUUAAUAUUUAUGAGAUAUAAUGAUUCAAGUAAAAAUAUUAGUGAUACAAACUUAAAAAAAAAAUUAAAUACAAAGCUAGAAGAUGUUAAAGUUACUAAAGAGAGUUCGUGUAACGCUUUAUUUGAUGAAUGUUUAGAGGAAUUAUAUAAAAUGAAAAAAAAAAUAGAUAAAGAAAGUGUAGAAUAUGAUAAUUCCCCAGUAAUAGAAGAAUUAAAUAGAGAAGAAAUAAAAAUAACAAAAAACAUAUUUGAAAGAAUUAAUAAAAAAAAAAAACAUGUUUCCAAUUUAAGUUAUAAAGAUAUAUAUAUAGAUCCUUAUUGGAAUCCGUUUAAAGAGGUAAAUGACUUAAAAAAUGAAAUUACUUAUGAAUUUAAUGAAUACUCUAAAUUGGCAAGUAUAGUAGAAUUGAAAAAGCAAAAACGUGCAAUUAAAAAGUCAUUAAAAGAACAAUAUAAGUUAUAUAAUCCAUAUUCAGAGGAGUAUAAUAAUUAUUUUAAUUUAAACAUUGACAAAGAUGAGAUCAUAUGUAAUGAUAAAAGUGAAAAAUAUUGGAAUCCUUCUUUUGACAGAAGAAAGAUUUUAAAUAUAAAAAGUCCAUUUACGUGGAGACAUACACAUAUUUUACAUAAUUUUAUUGGAGAAAAUGGUUUAAUAUUACCACGAAAAUUUAAUUUAACUACUAGAAAACAACAAAUACAAAUUUUUAAAUCCAUAUGUAUAGCUAGAAGAAUGGCUAUUUAUCCAUAUGACAAAAAACCAAACAAAGAUGAUUUAAUUCCCUUGAUGGAUCCUAUACAGCUACUUGCUGAUGAGUUAAUUCAUAGAUACAUUGAAUUGAAAGAUUUACGAGCACAAGCAAUUAUUAAAGUUAUGAUAAAUAAAUAUCCUUCUUUAAAUUAUUAUAAAUAUUUCUGUUAUGAAUCAAAAAAAAAGAAAAAAAAUCAAGAAAAAGGAGAAUUUUCCCAGAUUUUACAAAAAUAUAAAAAAAAUUAUUAUGAAAACUCAUUUAACUACUAA